CUGAGAGCCCGCGCCCAGAGCCAUGUCCUCGUCCUCCGGCAGCGGCCACCAGCCCAGCCAGAGCCGCGCCAUCCCCACCCGCACCGUGCCCAUCAGCGACGCCGCGCAGCUACCUCAUGACUAUUGCACCACGCCCGGGGGAACGCUCUUCUCCACCACGCCGGGAGGAACGCGAAUCAUUUAUGAUCGAAAGUUUCUGUUGGAUCGCCGCAAUUCUCCCAUGGCUCAGACCCCGCCCUGCCAUCUGCCCAAUAUCCCAGGGGUCACUAGCCCUGGCACCUUAAUCGAAGACUCCAAAGUAGAAGUAAACAAUUUGAACAACUUGAACAAUCAUGACAGGAAGCAGGCAGUUGGGGAUGAUGCUCAGUUUGAAAUGGACAUCUGAGUGCCCUGCGGGACCGGAAGAAAAGCGGCAGCACCGAGGCUGUGUCACCAGAUGGGACCCGGAGGACCAACAACGAGCAGACAGGAGGGGCAGUGCCGGCAAGCGUCACAGCCCCCGCGUCCCUUUCUUCCUUCCUCUGGGUGCCAAAUGAUGCAAAGCUGAGCUUCAUCUGACUCUUUCCUCUCCCUGUUUCCUGUCCCCCUUCCCAGGUAGACAAGUUCGCUUCAAGGUCCUUAGCAUAUUUCCGUAGACCCGAGCAGCCUGCAGAGGAAAACAGUUCAACUCUGGCUUCCAUGCUCCUUUUACUGUUGAGAAAACCUCUCCUCCCUCCCCCAACCUCCUAUUUUUUUUUUUAAUUCCAAAUCAAAUAUCAAGCUAUCAACAAUUGCCUGGCCGGGAAGUCUGGGGAAGUGAUCGAGAGGUUUGCUGGGUUCAGCACUUUUCAUGUUCUAGCCCUCUGCCUGCCCUCUCUGUCUCCCAUCUGUAGUUCAGAGCGGCGAGAACCUGGGUGUUUGGUCUUCACAAAGACCAGAGGGAAAUGAUAAACAAGAAGAGAGCCGCUUCCCUUUGUCAUUGAGCUGUUUGUCCUUAGGGGCAGGGCAUAGUCUGUAUGCGCGGUAGCAUGACCCGUGCGGUGCUGUCCGUAGGUCUGCGGCACUACCUUCCUCUGGCAGGAAUGUCUUCUGUCUUUGCUGUCCGAGUUCAGCUUCCCAGGCCUUCCCUUAGCACAUUUGUGCAGAAAGGUGUGCACUCUGCCUGAGAAGGGCGUCCUUGGUGAGCAGCAGGGUCUCCUCCUGUCCUGCCUCCCACUGGCGUUCCUCCUGCCCGCAGUCCUCUUGUAUGUGAGCGCCCAAGUGGUUCUGCCGCUUUCGGAGCAGGCCUGUCCAAGGGACGCAGGCACUCUGGGGAAGGCCUGGUCCUGGUGUUCUGCUGGGUGACACCGAAGAGCGACCUGGGGAGCGUGGUGAGCCACGGGGGCAGUCGGUCUCAGUAGUCCUCGCCUUUCAGUCCACUGAGCAUCGUGAUACUUGCUGUCUCUGAUUGCAGUUUCUUGUAUUUUGAGUUUAAAAGGUGACCUUCAGAAUGCUCUUAGAAAAGAACAAACUCUUUUCCUCUGUGGACCUGCUUGGGCUGCUGGGAAAGAGCAGAAUGGGCCUACAAGCGUGUUCCCCCCGCCCCGGUUCUCUUGCCUUCCCCAUCGUGCUCGGAACUGCCCCUCUCUUUCCCCGCUUCCUGCCCUCCCUCCCGCCUCGUUCUCUGCCAGGCCAUUUUUCAAGUACACAUCAAAGAUACCUCAAGUGGUGGUAUCUGAUAAGAUCUUACUCCUCUUAUCUGAGGAGGGGUCUUUUAUUUUUAAGAUGACUACAGACCUAUUUUUAGAUAUGUUUUCAAUACAAUUUUGAACAGCAACUUUUUAAUUACACAUCUUCCAGUGUUAGGAAGGUGAGAGAUGUCCACAGGCGAGUCUGCUGUUCCAUGUCACUGUCCUCUGUCUCCCCCAGUUCCUGAUGAGCUCUUCGCGUCUCCUGCUAGUUUUGGGUGUGCACGUUUGCGGUUUGUAGUGGGUGGUUUGUAAAACUGGACCAUUCUCCUGGCCGUGGGUUGCCCAUGAAAGCCUCAUUCUUUUCCCUGACCCUUCGCUUUUUCCCUCCCUCUCCUCCCUAUCCCGCUCUCCUGACUAUUGACUGGCAUGGUGAUCCCAGGAGAGUGACCCCCUCCUAGAAAGACUAAUGCCUCCAUCCCAUCAAAAGAACAGCCAGUAAAGUAGCCACCGGUGUCCUGGGAACUUCUGGUUGCGAGUGGCAUCCUGAGCCCCCAGAUCACAUCCCAGAGUGAGAAUAACAGGCCAAUUGCCUAAGAAAGAAAGCUGUUGGGUUUUCUUUUGAACUACGCAAAGCCUGUGUUAACACAUUUUAGAAGAGAGGAAGGAUGUCUGAGGAACUUUGUUCUGUUUUCUACUACAAAAUGUGAAUAGUUCAAAGAGUGACUCUUUUGUGAUGGUUGAUGUCUCUCAGGAAUAAGCUGGGUCUCCAACUUUGGGGGGAUGCUUUCAGUCUCAAAAAUUGAUGAUUGGAAAAGUAUUUCGUUUUGUGUGUUUGUUUAAUGUAUCCCUGUUCUGGUUUUAAUUAAACACCAAAUUUCGCUUUAC